AAAUGGGGCAGAGUCAGGGAAUGUUAGUAGUACGGUGUGACUGGAGUGAAGUUAGCACUUAGUGGUAUCAUUUCUGGCUUGAGCAAAUGGUUUUUUGAUGUAUUAUUAACUGAGAUGGAAAACAUGAAGCAAAGCAGGUUUAUUUAAGAUGAUGGGCAAGUUUGGUAUACCUGUUGGACAACUGAAUGAAACUAUCUGGUAGUAAGGGAAACAUGCAAUUUUCAUUGUGAGCUGCCUUCCAGAGUUUAUGGUAGAACUUCACUGACGUUGCUACUGAUGCCAAUGUGGAAUAAAGUAUCUGGAGUCCAUCUUUCACCAUCUUCUCCUGAGAUUGUACUGGACCAUGACCACUCUUCUGCCAUUGGCUGCCUCUCUUCUGAUGCCAUUAUUUCGUCACCAGAGGAUACACAUGCAGAGAAUAGCAUUGUGAGUCAAACUAUUCCUAAAGCACAGAUUCAGCAAUCAACACACACUCAUCUGGAUAUCUCACUUUUUCCAUUGGGUUUAACCGAUGAAAAAAGUAAUGGAACAAUUGCCCUUGUGGAUGAUUCUGAGGAUCUUGAAGCCAGUGUAUCUAACAUACAGCUUCAGCAAAAAAUUUCAAGUCUGGAAAUUAAACUCAAAGUAUCUGAAGAAGAAAAACAGAGAAUUAAACAGGAUGUGGAAUCAUUGAUAGAAAAGCAUAAUGUCUUAGAAAAAGGCUUUCUAAAAGAAAAAGAGCAAGAGGCCAUUUCUUUUGAAGAUAGAUACAAAGAACUUCAGGAAAAACAUAAACAAGAAUUGGAAGACAUGAGGAAAGCUGGUCACGAAGCCCUCAGCAUUAUUGUGGAUGAAUAUAAGGCACUACUGCAGUCUUCAGUUAAGCAACAAGUAGAAGCUAUUGAAAAACAGUACAUUUCUGCAAUUGAGAAACAGGCACACAAGUGUGAGGAGUUGCUAAAUGCUCAGCAUCAGAGGCUCCUUGAAAUGCUAGAUACAGAGAAGGAACUGUUAAAAGAAAAAAUAAAGGAAGCUUUGAUUCAGCAAUCUCAAGAACAGAAGGAAAUAUUGGAAAAAUGUUUGGAGGAAGAAAGGCAAAGAAAUAAAGAGGCAUUAGUAUCCGCUGCAAAGCUUGAAAAAGAAGCAAUGAAGGAUGCAGUUUUAAAAGUCAUAGAAGAAGAAAGAAAAAAUUCAGAAAAAGCCCAUGCCGAAGAAAGGGAAUUAUGGAAGACAGAACAUGCAAAAGAUCAAGAAAAAUUAUCUCAGGAAAUUCAAAAAGCUAUACAAGAACAAAGAAAAAUAAGUCAGGAAACUGUUAAGGCAGCAAUAAUAGAAGAACAGAAACGAAGUGAAAAGGCUGUGGAAGAGGCAGUGAAAAGAACGAGAGAUGAAUUGAUAGAGUAUAUAAAAGAACAGAAAAGGCUCGAUCAAGUCAUCCGCCAAAGAAGCCUGUCCAGUUUGGAACUGUUCCUCUCCUGUGCACAGAAACAGUUAAGUGCUUUAAUAGCUACGGAACCAGUUGACAUUGAAUAAAAAGAACAUGACAAGCAAACCCACACUGGCAUUGGAUAAAUCAUAUUACACCUUCAAAAUACAUGCUCUGAAUUAUAAAGAUGUGUUUGUUUUCUUUCCAAAUCAUGUAGAAUUGAUUUCCAGUUCAAGGAUAAACCAAAACAAUAUUUAAAACUAUCAAGUGAUCUAAUUUAUUUUCUUUUGGUUUCUUCUUUACAUUUACUAUUAUUUUAUUAGUAGUAGCAGCAACAGAGUAUGAUGUGACCCAAAAGCCAUUGUAAAGUGCCACAUUAUCAAAAUUAAUUAAACUUUAUAGCCUGUGGGAGGCUAUUAUAUAUUAUUUUGCAAAAGUAGUAAAUAUAUUAUUGUUUCAUGAUGACUCUUGAUGAGAUGCUAGAAUGUAACCAUACAUUUAUCUUAUUUUGAGGAUAGAAAUAGCAUGGAUUUCAACAUCACUUAUUUAUCCGUAUAAUUGGAAAUAAAAUACCGAUAUGAUAGAGAAUCAUUCCAGCAUUACCUAACCUCUUCUGCAGUUGAAUCUAUGUAUUUUCGUUGGUCUACUGAAAACAAACAGUACAAUUAAAAGCACUAAAGAUUAUUAUAUUAAUUCAACUUUGACCUGAUAUAUCACUUAAACUAAAGGGGUGUGUGUGAUAUAUGCUUGUUUCCUAUUUCUUCUCUUUAAGGCACUUUGAAUCAAUAAAACCAUUAGUCUACAAAUCAAAUUGUGAACUUAAUCUCUAGAAAGAGAAUAUAACUCAGCCAUUUAUAGGAAUUCAGGUUCAAGUACAGGAUAUAUGAAAUCUUUUCCCAGUAUUUCAGAAUGUACUUAAUUCACAGGCAGUAUGCUUCAAUACAAAAUCAUGAAUAUUUUUAAUUCAAAACUAAAAUGUCAUUAAUAUGUAUGUAUGCAAAUGUUUUAUUUUCUGAAAUGCAUCUACUUUCAUGGGCUUUGUACUUUUCUGAGAUUUCUCAGUGUAAUAAAAAGAGCUCCCAAACUUA